AAGAUGUGUUCCAAACUCGUUCUUUUCGUGGGGUUAGUCGCCCUAAUCGCUGCUGUAUAUGCUGCCGAUGAUCCCGCAUCGCCAUCGCCGGCAUCCCCAACUACUCCUCCAGCUUCGCCGACAUCACCAACCUCGCCAACUUCUCCCACAUCACCGACUUCACCAACCACGCCGGAUGCAACUACUACCACCACCACCACCACCACUACCACCACCACUACGGCAGCCACUACGACAGAAAAGACUCGCAGGCGCAGGCACAAACGCAGGAUCAUCCGGGUCCAUAGGUUGAGGAGGGGCAACAGAGGAAACAACCGUCGCGGUGGAUUUGGAGGACGCAGAUCCCGUCGAGGCGAAUUCGGAGGUCGCCGCUUCCGUGAGGGAGGUGACCGUGAAGUGGUGAUCCGUGAGCGCAGAGUUGGUGGAUUUAAUCGCUUCCUUUAA